UCGAUAUCGGCCGAUACUUUGAACCAUGGUUUAGUGCCUCUAAUAUAUUGUACAUAAGAUGGUCUUCACAGAUUAAUCCCUCUGAUUUCAAUAGCUAAUCUUUCUCUUUCACUUUGAUAUUCCAUUCAUGCGCUGAUGGAAUUGCAUCUCUGGAUUUCUUGUCUGGUAUUUCAUACUUCAGUUGAAGCUUUGCGAGGCAAACAAUUGGCAAAGAGUGCCACCCAGAACCAACGUGUUUUCUCUUUUAUCCGAGAUAUGGAUUGGUACAGGUAAAAAUGAUUGUUAGACUGGCACAAAGACUGCUAAUAUCCCUGCAGUUAUGGCUGCGUCAGGAGCGAACUUGAAGUUGACAGAGGCAUUCAACUUGGAGGUGCUUAGUACCAGUUUUGAUAGUGCAAUGGUAAAGUGUAACCAUGCUGGGGACAUUUCUGGCUUGAGGAGGUUAUAUGAGAGCAUUGGUGGAAUUGAUCCUAACCCACUACUGAUGGGUUCUGAGCUUCAUCUUGAUGUGCCAACUUUGGGAUCGGGAGUGUCUCCUCAACAGCCACAGUCCAAAAAUGAUUCAUUUAAUGAGAUAUUACUUACUAGGUUUGUGCAUCUGCUACAAAAGUUUGUUAACAUUGCAGAGAAGGGUGGGGAAGUGGACAAGUCACCAUUUUGUGAAACUUGUUCCCAAACGACUGCAUUACUUCUCUCGAAUUUGUGUGUUUAUUUGGACAUGUUAGUUUCGGCUGCUCCUCCAUUGGGUUCUCUUGUACCUGCUGAACUUGUUGAUGCAUGGUUGUGGACAAAUGAUACCAAACGAGGACUUUUUGCAUCUGAAGUAAGGUAUUCUGGACCUGCAAAAUUAAGGUCUCAUCUUGCACCUGGGGAGCCAGAAGCGCUGCCCAAAAAAGAUCCUGUUGAACAGAUUAUGGCCUUUGGAAUCACUUGGGAACUGACAUUAUUUAAGGUGGGCGAGGCGGUUCACCAACCACGACAGCAACAAAGUUUGAUAAUUAUCGAAGGUAUUAAGAUCAACGUGAACUACAAAAAUGAAGGAAGGGACCAUCCUAUCGAGAAUAAGCUAGGAGGUCAAGAAUUCGCUGAAAGGUUUGAGCAUAUUUUCAGCAAUUUGGAAGGAAAAUUAUGA